UGCAGCAUGCAUGCUUCUGCAGUGGCAUUGAUGCUCUUUGCACUUUUCCACCGUCGUGAGAUAUAAUAACAUAUUCUUUAUUAGAAGCGUGUUACUUUUUAUAUUUGCCUAAUGUUGUUUUUCUCUUGAGCAUUUCCGCACUCGAUUUAUCUCGAAUUCAGUCAAACAGUCGCCAGCCAGGAUGAAUUGUGCGACGCACGUCAUUCAGGUGACAAAUGUCUCCCCGAGCACAACCUCCGAACAAAUGAGGACUCUGUUUGGAUUUGUAGGAAACAUAGAAGAACUGAAACUAUUUCCUCCUGAUGACUCACCCUUGCCUGUGACCUCACGUGUCUGUUUUGUAAAGUUCCUCGAGUCCGAGUCUGUGGGGGUCGCUCAGCACUUGACCAACACCGUCUUCGUAGACCGGGCCUUGAUCGUGGUGCCCUUUGCAGAAGGAGUCAUUCCGGAUGAAUCCAAAGCCAUGUCGCUGCUGGCUCCGGCCAAUGCUGUGGCGGGAAUGAUGCCGGGGGCGGGACUUCUCCCAACACCCAACCCUCUGGCUUCUAUGGGAGCAACGGCGUUCGGAGGUCUGGGAGCUCCCAGCUUGGAGCAGAUAGCUGCUAUGGGAAUGCCAGGAGCGAACAUGAACCCCCAGGGUCUUUCUGCUGACUUCCUGAAGCUCAUGCAGUCCAUGGAUCCGAAGUUGAAUCCAUUAACAGCUGGACUGAGUCUCAGUCCCGCUUUGAAGAGCGGCGACUCCAACAAGGAAAUUGAAGAGGCCAUGAAAAGAGUACGAGAGGCGCAGUCCCUCAUUUGUGCUGCAAUUGAACCAGGAAAUAAGAAAGAUGACAAACGCAAACGCUCACCAUCCCGCUCACGAUCACACCGCCGACGGUCACAAUCUCGCUCCAGACAUCGGCGAUCCAAGAGCAGGUCUCGGCGGAGGUCCCAUUCAAGGAACAGGAAGCGGUCCAAGAGCCCACGCAGGAGGAGGUCCCACUCACCAGACAGCAGAUCCAGGUUGCCACGGCGGUCAAACACAAUGACUUGUGUGACGAGAUGCAGUGAUGAAUGUUGUUUAUGUCGGGACAGGAAGAAGGAGGACAAGUCCAAGAAGAGGUCCAGGACCCCGCCCAAGAGCUACAGCACUGCAAGGAGGUCUCGCAGCAUCAAUCGUCGGCAGAGGCGGAGCACAUCCAGGUCUCCCAAGAGACGCUUGAGCAGGUCUCCGUCACCCAGACGGCACAAGAAGGAGAAAAAGAAAGACAAGGAGCGAGAUCGAGACAGGAGGGAGCAAAUCCGAGAUGAGCGAGAACGCUCGUCCCGCGGCAAGAAGACCAGCAAAGCAAAAGAACGAGAUGGUGACGGCGAGAAAAGCGACCUGAAGGUGAGGCGUGAUUACGAUGAAGAGGAGCAAGGCUACGCCAGCGGAAAAGACGGCGACGAGUGCAGGGGCAGCGACUCGGACUCAGCAUUGUCGCUGCCGAAAGGCCCCGGGAAGGCGGAGACACCAGAGAACCACGCACCUAAAAAGUCCAAAGUCAAUGGAGAUGAUCGAUAUCAGGAAGACAUGGAAAUGAGCGACUAGAAUCCUCAUUUUCUACCCUAUUAUGCAGGUUUAUACAUAGGACUAGAAUAUUGUAUUAUACAUCUUACUGUAAUAUUGUCAUUAAAUGUUCAUCUGUACCAUUCUUGCAUUAUAAACCACAUAAUAUUUA